AUGACCACCGCUGAAUCCGGCGAGAGCCCAAACUCGCCGAGCAGUCUCACCAACAGAUUUCUCCUCGUCGCGUUUGUGUCCGUCGCUCUCUACAAUGUUCUCGAGCUCACCUUUAUGGUCUUUUCCACUUUCAAAAAGCGUACCGGUCUGUAUUUCUGGAGUUUCUGCAUCGCCAUCUGGGGCAUCCCGCCCUAUUCAAUUGGAUUUCUCCUCAAAGGCAUCGGCGCCAACCCAAAUGCUACCUACGCAUAUGUGACUCUGAUCGUCAUCGGUUGGUACAGCACCGUCACUGGUCAGUCCGUUGUUCUGUACUCGCGACUCCAUCUCGUGGAUCGAAAAAAGAAGCACCUUCGCUUUGUCCUCGCAAUGAUAGUUUUCAACGCCGUCACUCUCCACUCCGUCACAACUGUCAUGGUGUUCGGCUCGAACUCGCCGAAUUAUUCAGAUCGCUUCGUUACACCUUACUCUAUUGUCGAGAAGAUUCAAGUUACCAUAUUUUUUUUCCAGGAGCUCAUCAUCUCGAUGCUUUACAUUUUCGCUACUGUCAAUCUGUUCCGUGGCUCUAUUAUUCACGCAAAGUCGAAUCGCGCUCGCACCCUUAGGCAUCUCAUAGUGGUCAAUAUUGUGGUCAUCCUUCUUGAUAUUACUAUUCUCGGACUUGAAUACGCCAAUCUAUACCAGCUCCAAACUGCGUACAAGGGCAUGGCUUACUCUAUCAAACUCAAACUUGAAUUCAAUAUCCUCAACGAACUCGUCAAACUCACCAGGUCACACUCUGAUUCUGCUGCUGUUGAUCUGAACGACUACGUCUUCGAUGGUAGACAUCAAAACUCCACACGAAGGGAAUCGUCAAGACAGUCAGGAAUUUCUCCCACGACCCUUUCUUCAAGACGGACUGAGAGUCGUAGGGCGACAAUAUCGAAUCAAAGGAUAGAAGAAGAGGAUGGACUGGAGGUUGAGCCGGCGGGUUCUGCCCAUGUCCCUGAUAAGUCGGCAAUCCGGUAUCGCCGCGAGGAGAGGAUAUGGGUGACGCAGACGAUUGACGUUGACUUUGGCGAUGCCCGUGACGCAGAGGCAGAUAUACCUCCAGAUCAAGAGCUGAACCAACUAUCCAACCCCAAAGACCCUAGUUGA